UGGUUACUAAGUAGGGAGUUAUGUCUUUUCUCACAGUUUUUGCAAAAUUCCACAAUGGAUUUUUCACUACUUGGGCAGCAUUUGGUCUCUAUUCAAAGUCCCAUGCCAGAUAAUGGUGAUAUUUACAAUUCUUGACUUGUGAAAUUGAAGUGCUUAACAUUUAAGGGGAUAAGAUAAGGGUGUGUAUUAAAGAAUUGCUAGUUAAGCAAUAUAUAUUAUAUGUGACUUGUGUGUGAACAACUAUGCUGUUAACUUGUAUUCAGAUAAUUUUACUUGCAUCACUACUUAAUAUAUUGAUAAAAAAUUAACACUAUCUAAUUGUUAUGAUAGCAGAUUAGUUUCCAAAUCUUUAUGAGUUUUUGAUGUGAUCAUGUGAAGGCUAAGCAGCUGAAAGUAUCACAGCCGCAAUGAUCCUGAGCUUGAGGAAUCUGGCAUGGAGAGCUUUGCAGUGCGCAAAGUUUGUCUUAAGGGAUCAAGGUAUCUUGGCAAAUGCCAGGGCUGCUCCUUUUGGCUGUUUAAACGGAGGCAAAUCAAUUCUUCAAAAGUACUUGUUGCAGCAUCAAUCAGCCACGUUGCAGAAGACAAUAUCAGGACCAAGGCGUGGUAAUCAGGCUGGGAAAACUCUCCCCCGAGAGUCCAAUGUUUCGGGUGUUCUGAUCUCCCAACGACCCUUGGCCAAUUUGUUAGGCCGUGUGGGACCUCUGCUCUCUGGUGCUAUAUGGCGAUUAUCUACCCAGCGUAGCAGCCUAGGAACUCCUGUUUUUAUUAAGGACUCAGCUCCUUUAUUUGCAUUAGUUGGAGUUACUCUAGUUGCCUCAUCAGAUGAUUCUAAUCCAGACAAACAAGAUGUGGACCUAAAGAAGAGAGGUUUUGUUACCAGAGAAGAAGAAUUGGAAACAAUAUGUGGCAGUAUCAGAAAUGCCAUUUCCAAGAGUGGAUGGCUGGAGAGCCUUCAGUGUGACUUGCCAGUGAAGAAGCAGAAAGCAGCAGCUUCGUCCUCCGAUAUUGCUGCCUCUUCUCAGUCAUACUCACUGCAAGAUCUUGAUAUUGCUGGUGUCAUUGAUAAAGGCUGCAAUGCUGCUGUCUAUGCUGCUCGUUGGAAAACCGAUGAUAAAAUUGAUGAACCAUACAACUGCAGCUCAACUUCAUCUGUGUCGCCUUCUAAUGACCUCCCUCACACAUCUCAACAUCAGACAAGCCACAGCCCAGCUCGGUCAUCAAAUGUCAAUAUCCCAUUCAGUCAAAUGUCUGAGGGGUUCUUCAGGUCUUCGCCAUUCUAUUACUCUACUCUGAACUUGAACUCAUCAUCUCCAUUAGAAGAAACGAUUGCAAGAACAGUGUCUGUUGAGGCUCUUUAUCAUCCAUUAUCAGCCCAGUUUAACGAGGAGCAUGACUCACUGCUUCAUAACAUCUCCGCAGAGAAGGCAUCGUCACCUCAAUCUCAACAUCAGAGAAAUGAUCAACCACUAACUGCAUCAUCGCUGUCUAUUAGUGGCCAGUUUGGUUCCCCAAGCACAGUGCGUCCAAAGCGAGUUACUUUUAACGUUCCCUCCAACCUCAACUCAAAUAGUGGUUAUGGUCAAACUUCAACAAACAACAAUGUCUCGGAAGAGGGUCGUCCGACAGCUCCUAUAAGCCAGUUCCCUCUGGCAGUGAAGCUCGUCUUCAACUAUGAGGCCGCCUCCAAUGCACCGGCCAUUCUCUCUGCGCUCUAUCGGGAGCUUCUGCCUGCACGCUCUGUGCAACUAAAUGCUCCAAGUGACACCAUGCUGGAGGUGCUGCAGGCUGUGGUUCCCUACCACCCCAACCUGGUGGACAUGCCCUGCGCCUUCGUGGACCGCGUGCCCCUCCUCGAUGGCGGACUGCAGCUCUACCCCAACGCUCUCCCCGCGCGCCUAAGCCCACACGGUUUGGGCCGGAACAUGUCGCUGUUCUGCGUGAUGCGGCGCUAUGAAAUGACACUCGCUCAGUACCUCGAACUGAACCCACACCCUUCCUGCCGCACAGCUCUGCUCUUACUUGCUCAACUGCUGGAGGCUCUGCAGCAUCUACAUCGGCACCAUAUAGCCCAUAGGGACUUGAAGCCCGACAAUAUCCUGAUGCUGCUGACGGAUGGGGUGGAGGCGCCGUGGCUGGUCAUCACAGACUUCGGCUGCUCGUUGGCUGCGUCAUCAGCAAGCGGCCUGCGGGUGCCUUUUGUGUCUCGUGAAGCUGAGCCCAGGCAGGGCAAUGCUGCCCUCAUGGCUCCAGAGGUAAAAUCCGCUCGUCCGGGCAUGUUGCAGUCGGUGGAUUUUUCCAAGAGUGACCUGUGGGCCGCCGGCACGCUAGCUUACCAGUUCUUUGGUCUGCCCAACCCAUUCCUCUCUGGCAAAAAAGGCUGCCCGCAGCUUGACUCUGUCACGUACAAGGAGAGCGAACUGCCUGACCUGCGCGACACCGACGCUCCCGCUCCAGUCAGGCGACUCGUCGCUGAUCUGCUCGCCAGGAAGCCUGCUAAUCGCCCCAGCGCCAGCGUAGCAGCAACGCUGAGCCAGCUUUGUCUCUGGGGCCCAAGUUCGUGGCUGCAGCCCUCGGUCGGGGCGCGGCCUCAGCGCGAGCAGGUGAUGGAGUGGCUGCUGACGCUGACGGCGAAGGUGUUGUUCGAGCGCAGCGGCGUGAGUGCCGCCACAGAGUACCGUCUGGUGUCAGCCUUCCUGGCGCGGGUGCGCUUCACGGACGUUCUGAAGGCCAUCAGCUGGAACAAGGCCUACUGAGCAACGACUUUUUUUCGAUUUGAUGAGGUUUUUUCGAGCUUGCGCCUUCCAUUAUUUGUUCUUUGUUCUGACCUUCUUAAGGCCAUCAGCCUUAAGAACGUCAUAAAUAAGGUCCCUCUCACUUUUUUUUCUGACGUUCUUAAUGCCAUCAGCUGGAACAAGGCCUACUGAGCAACGACGUUUUUUUAUUUGACGAUGGUUUUUUUAUUUAGGUUUGCGCCUUCCAUUAUUUGUUCUUUUUGGGCUUCUUAUCUUGCAGGGGAUCCGUAAUAUCUUCCUUUUGUUACCCACUGUAGUAUGCCACUAUACGCGUAUUAGUCUACGCUCCAAGGCUGUCAUACCUGAUGCAUGGUAGAUAAAUCGAAGCGCCCUUAUCACUAGCACCUAAAACUGAUCAAAUAUCCACAGUUUGAUACUACUAGUUCAUCGGAUAUACAAGCUUAUGUGCACAAUGAAAACCAGUGCGCUUGCUUCCUAUCAGCCGUUAUGAAUAUUUUCCGGUACUGCAUUUUAGAAAAUUGUAAGAGUUCCCUAUUUGUUUACAAAUUUACCAUUUGAUCGUUAAGUCAGCACUCACCAAGUUCAAUAAAACUAGUGCCAUUAAAAAUUUACAGUAUUGCUAUCAAUAUAUCGACUGGCUUAUGAAAAUCAUUGUGUAAGGAAGCUUGUGACAACGAUAAUGGCGAGAUCAGUUCAUUGAUGAAACUUUAUCGUAAAAUUUUGUGUUCAUCUACUGUAUUUAUCGUCAGAGGUGAGGAUUAGUUUUAAGUUUAAUUGCGAUAAACUAAAAUUAUAGUUUAAUCACUAUAUUACGUAUAUUCAAAUGUCGUGUAAAAUAUAAUACAAUCUAUAUAGCCAAGUUCAUUGUGAUAGAAUUCUUCUGUUAAUCUUUCUUAGCGUUGCUUUGCUUCAACCAUAUGCAGGCGUUGUAGCAAUAGAAAUAGAUUCUCCGUACGUUUGCUCUUGAAGGUGAAUCUAUGUACUUAUGUCGCUGGGAGAUAUUGCAAACUCAAUUCUAGUUAAAUCUUAUUGCGGUACUUUUUUUCAAUCUGGGUACUAUUUUUGCAACCAUGGAGACGCGGCAUUAUUUGCAUCAAAUUCUUUGUUCACAAUUGAAUACAGAAGUGCGACGUCCUAUUAGGAUUAAACGAGUUUCCGAAUUGUACCUCAUGUUGACAAGUGCAGUUCAUACGCUGGAGAGCUUAAGUGGCCUUGUAGUAUCUAAUAAUCUUCCGGUCAUUUAUUGCUUCUCACAAUCGUGUACAUACGCUAUCGAUGCCAAAUUCAAAGCUGUUACACAGCAACGAAUUCUCCAGGCUGAUUAUUACGAGAAGCUUUAUAGACAUACACGUGUAAUUCUUGUAUAACUGAAUAUAUAGUUUUAUUCGGAGCCCUCGGUGGUUAUUACCUAAAUAAAAAUGUACGUUUUAA